AUGGUGGGCUUCGCGGACUGUUUCUGGUCGGGUGACUAUGCCGGGGGGAUGGGAGUUCUGUUUGGAAAGCUGCAACAGGGAGUGAUAGAAAACCAGCAGGUCUUGACAAUCGCCAGAAUGCGAGCAGAGGCGGAGGAAACGUAUGCCCGCAGGCUGGCAGAUACUGUACCAGCCACGGACCGGAUGACGGGAGGCUUUGCCAAAGAUGACGGCGCAAGUGUGAGGAAGGCCUACGAAGGGGUGCGGGGGGAGAUGGAGGCCGCGGCCAAAAGUCACAAGAACAUUGCCUCAAACAUCAGCGAACUCGUCGUCGUCCCUUUCAGCAGGUGGUGUGAAGCUCACGAAGGCCGCGUCCAAGGCUCUCAAGAUGACCUGCAAGCAAGACUGAAAGCCCACGACAAACAAGCGGAUCAUGCUCGGAAACUGAGGAGUGCUUACUUCAACAAAUGCCGUCAGCUCGAAGAUCUGGAAGAGGAGAACAAACUUGGUUUCCAAGAUCCAGAGAAAGAAUCCUCCAGUCCUAAGACAGCUCAGACGCCCACCAUAAAGCUUUCUGAAGCUCAGGACGAAGAAGCAGAGGAGCCUUUGGAGAUUGGAGAUGAGACCUUUGAUCCACAGCAAAUCAAGAAGAUCCUGACUCAUAUGUUGAAUACCAUCAGCCUCGGGGAGACAAAGGUUCCAAUACUGGGCAUUUACCACAACGUAUCGACAGGCGCAGAUAUUGCAGACUAUAUACAGAAGCACAUGAACGCCGCCAGUAUCAGCUAUGCGGAGCGUAUAGGGCAAGAUCUCAUCACGCAUGGCUUCUUGAGGCUCGUCGGCAAUGUGGGCAGCACUUUCGCAAAUAGCUCGCGGAUGAAGUAUCAGUGGCGUCCCAAGGUCUUCAAGAUGACGGGCAUACCGGAGAGGAAGAAGCCCCUCGACAGAGUGUCUUCUGUAGGUUCCGUCGCUGGAAGCGCAGAUUCUCCGAUCGUCGGAUCAGUGGGCGAGAUCCUGACCACCACCCUCAAUUCUCAGUGGAAUCCUCUUAACAACCAAUACCCGAAUGAAACACCAGGAGAUAGACUACGUAGAGAGUCAAAGGAAACAGACGAGAAAUAUAAAGCUAGCGUACGUCGUUUAGACGAUUUGCGAUGUCAACUCGAAGAAAAGAUGAUCGACCACUUCAAAUUCAUGGAGCGAUGUGAGCUGGACCGGCUGAGGGCGAUAAAAGCCGUAAUCCUCGACUUCUCAGGCGCCAUCAGUAAUUCUAUACCCAGUCUACAAAGCACCGUCGAUAACAUGAUGCUCUAUCAGGAAACAAUUCAGCCAGAAGGGGAUUUGAGGUACCUGCUAGAGAACUAUCGUACAGGAGCAUUUGUACCUAAAGUCCAAGUCUACGAUAAUUACUAUAAUCAUGUGGACGAACAGACCUUUGGUGUCGACCUUGAGGCACGGGCCCGGGCGGAUCGCAAACGUGUGCCAACAAUCAUCACUACUAUUCUCACCUUCUUAGAUCAACAUUAUCCUGAUCUCGAGGGCGAUGAAGCUCGGCGUGGCAUCUGGCUGGUCAAUGUUCCGCUAGCAGCAACGCACCAUCUCCGGAGCGUCAUAAACACACGGUCAUCAAUACAACGAGAUGUUCUGGAACGUUACGAGGUGCCAAUAGUUGCGAGUGUUCUGAAGCUGUAUCUUUUGGAAUUGCCGGAUUCACUUGUCUCAUCGCAGGUCUAUGAGAUCAUCAAAACCAUCUACUCCUCGCCAGACUCAUCCAACUCUCCCGAAACUCGUGUAUCCGUUCUUCAGAAUACCCUCGGACAGUUGCGCCUUGCCAACAUUGCCACCCUAGAUGCCAUCACAACGCAUUUCACCCGCCUGAUAGAACUUACAUCUGCAGGCGAGGACUUUGUCUCCGCCCUUGCAACAGAUCUUGCACAAUGUAUCCUCCGACCACGCACUGAAACCUCUCUCACCAUGCAUGAAAAACAUGCUUACCGACUGAUUCGCGACCUGUUUGACCACAAAGAAGCCAUCUUCGGUGAACUUAAGCGUGCCUCCGCUCUCUCUCACACUCCCAGCGGCGGUAAUGCUUCGAAAGCGUCUCGCAUAAGAGCGAUCAGCACAGACGAGAGUAGCCGACGCGCCAACAUGGAAGAACGAAAUAGAGCUAUAGCUUCCAAGUCCCGUAACAGCAGCCCAGUACCGCACGCCAACGGAGCUCGUGGGAGCCAUCGACGAGAUCGCUCCGUUGAUCCGCCCGGGACGAGAUUUCCCAUUCACACAAGCCCGCCAGGUAUGGAUAAAGGAAGGGGUCACGUGCGAGCAAGCCUAGAAGUCCCGCCGGAGAAUGGAUCGCCCUUGACUACGAAAACCAGUUCAACGAUACCCGAAUACGAUAGUCCUCCAGUCGCCAGCAACACCCCACCGACCACCUCACACAGUGCAAACAAAGAUAGCGCGCUUUAUGCCCGACCAGAUGAACCUAAUGGCGCCCUUGCUGAGAAAUCGGACCCACAAGCCCGAAGCUCCAGAUUCCCGCCACGGAAAACAGGCGGACAUGGGAGUCUAGGCUCAAAUCGAAUGAGUGGAGGCACAAACCCCAGAGACAGUCUUGUGAGCGAGUCUGGCGAUUAUAGGGGCGUGCAAUUGACGGAUAAACCUAUGGACGAUUGA